UUGGCUGAAAACUCGUCAUCAUAAUGAAAAGACCAAGAAAAGAGAUCAGAAGAUGAUGGAAGGGGAACUUUAAGGCACCUGGAUGAACGAGUCCUCACUGACUCGUCCUUUCCAUGUCAUGAAGAUCCGAGUUCGAGUGAUGAUGUGUUUCCCUCAUCCAGCAGGUGGCAGUAUCCUCUCUCCUCAUUGGUUGACCAUCCACCAACACAAGAAGAAGCAUUAUUUGUGUUCCUCUCUGGUCUGUCGUUGUUUUUGGUUCAUGAUGUGGGUUAAUGUUUUUAACUUGAGGGGCGGAGUUACACACCUGACGUCAUAUCAAAGCGUGUUGGAGUGCCGUACGGAACGACCACAGCGGACAGGUAAAGGCUGAGUCUGCCGGUGCCGCUCGUCCAGGAUGAAGGUGCUGCUCUUCCUCUGGCUCACCUCGCUGGUGUGCUGCGAAACCACAGAAGAAUACGGGAAUCGAACCUCCGACUACAGCGAGGAUUCCUCUGUGACUCCAACGCCAGAGUACGACUACGACUACGACUAUAACGCCACCUUUGAGGCUGACAGUGUAACCCCGACUCCAGAGCCGGAGCAGAACGCCACCAUGUGGUCAGAGGAAACCAUGGAGGAAGACCAGACCUCUGACUCUGAGUCGGUAACGGAAGCUUACGGAGAAUACGACUAUACCUUUGGGGUGGAGUACAGAACCCCGAAUGAAAGGCUGAACGACACCCUGAAGUCAGACGAGAUUCUUCUACAGGAUCCAGAGCCAGUGUAUAACAGCUGCGGAUCGAUAACGGAUCACAGAUCGAUCAUCAAAGCUCUGCUGAUGUCACUUCCUCUCUUACAUGACACAGUGAUGACUUUCCUCCACUGUGUUUAAGACCACGGCGUGGUUGCCAUGGUGACACCAUCAACAGGUUGUUCUUUUUUGUAAUAAACAAGUGGAUUUAUA